ACCUGUUCUUGGUCAUCACUGCAUGCAUACCCAUUGCUGUAUGCACCACGACGUAGUGCGCCCACUGAUGACCAUCACAAUAAAAAUCUGUAUACAUCUUUGUGGAGGUACAUGUGUAAAGAUUUAUGAUUUGGUAAACAAACCGGCAGCGACAUCAUCAAAGUGAGGCUACGCUUCUUCAUCGCUCGUCCAGAAUCCCAACGCAAUGGAAAUGGUGUAAUGCACUGCUGGAUACGAUAGUAGGCGCCUACAUAAAUUGUAGCGUGGCCUCGAUUAGCAUAUUGGCGGUAAAAAGGGAAUAAGUGCUGAUGAUGAUUCACCCCGCAUCGUCUGCAAGCUACUACACCGCUUGACCGCUGGAUUUUCUCGAUGUAUGAAGAGACUUCAUCUUCACUAGACUACUGCAUACAUCAGGAGAGCUUAUCCCUGCGAACAUCCUUCUCUUGUUUUCUUUUAGCAGAUAGCUUCCAUUGUCAGACUGGAGAACGAACAUAUCUUUCUAAGGAAUGGAAAAAGAAGCUGAUUGGAGAUGAGAGAAAUGAAGGAUGUCAUAAUUUGAAGGCAUAUGCAUUCAGUAAGCUGCAUCUUGAGGCCAUGAGCAGAAGGAAGACAAACCUGAAGAAAGUAAUAACUACGUUGACAGAGACAAGCGGAAAGAGAAUACGGACUAGCUAGUAGCAUCUAAGAUGAAGCUUCAUAUUAACAGAGCUCUCUUGCCCAUCAAGGCGGUGUAUUUCACACAUUUGGCCGGUUUGGCUAGCUUGGUACCAUACUUGCCUUUAUACAUGAGUCAACUUGGUCUUUCAGCGACACAAAUCGGUUUAAUCAGAGGUCUGGAACCACUCCUAGCCCUCAUCUUUACACACUUAUGGGGAAGCAUUGCUGAUAGCUUUAACACCCAUAGAGCCGUGCUCAUUACAGCCAUAGGGGGUGCCACAGUGUUCCUGUUUGGGACCUUUUUUGUUCCAUCUUCUAUGAGAAUAGAUGCAUAUGAUAACAUCACCACACAGUUACCUGUCAAUCAAGAUGUGCCCAGUUUUAGGACUACAGACCUUUUGCAUCCAAUGGAUGUAACAGAAUUUCCACCGUACUUGAAUGAGAUUUCACCGGCAGUGCAAUUAGAGGAUGACAGUGAUGCAAGGAUCGGUAUCUGUUACAGUGUUUGCAGAGCACUCAAUAACAGUUUAUCAUGUGAGAAAAAUAAAGGCAUGGUAGAAGACAACUCUACGUCAGCGAUAAGAGAGGAAUCUUGUUUACAAACUCUGUGUUUCCUUCAACAAGAGAGGGCCAAUGUCAACAGAACUAGUGGAUGUAAUGAUAGUGGAGAAGCAUGUGAUUCUGUUCCUCAUCAAAGUGUUUCAUCUUGUUACCAAUGUGAACCAGUUAUAUACCAAAAACAGACAGAUGAUAUAAGGUACAACGAAGCUGAUGUAUGGUGCUCAAGAAGUAACGAAAAUCCUUUGACGAAUUCAACAUCUUUUAAUAUUUCGUUUGUCUCUUACCUGAAUAUUAGUGAUGUUACACAGCAUUCAUUCUCAUGUCAUUGCCAUGAGUACGAACCUGAUGGAAGUGAAAGAGAUCAUAGCGAUUCAACUUUCCUCUCCACGUUUUUUCUCUUGCUCAUUUUGAUAUUGUUUAGCAGGACGUUCCAAUGCACCACCUCCCCAAUCCUUCACUCCACGACAAUGGAAUUACUGCAACAAAAACAUGAUGACUUUGGCAAGCAGCGUAUCUGGGGUGCUUUCGGAUGGGGCGCCUUUUCUCUCAUCUCUGGUAUUCUCAUUGACCACUACGCAAGGAAUUCAUCCAAGAACCUAGCACAUUUUGAUCCUGCAUUCUAUCUAUUCCUCGCCUUCAUGCUGGCCGCGGUGGUAUUUGCCACAUUUAUCGUCUUCCCUUUACAGACUUCAAUCAAAGCACAGUGCCAAAGGAUACCAAGACUCAUCCGCAAACCUGAGAUCCUAGGAUUCCUGGUGACAGUCUGUAUCCUAGGGAUGGGUUUUGGAGUCAUUGGAACAUUCCUCUUCCUGUAUCUUCAAGAACUUGAAGCAUCUCAUACCCUGAUGGGAUUGACACUUACUAUCACCUGUAUUGCAGAGAUACCCUUCUUGUUUUUAUCUAACCGUGUUAUACGCUUCACUGGUCAUAUAGGAGCUCUCUGCUUCUCAUUAUUCUGCUAUACUGUACGUUUCUUAGGAUACUCCCUAAUCAGCAAUCCCUGGGCAGUCAUACCUUUUGAGCUUUUACAUGGAAUCACCUAUGGAUUAUCAUGGGCCGCUUGUACGUCCUAUGCCAAUCAGAACGCACCACCAGGUCUGGCCUUAACACUGCAAGCAGUCUUCACCAGCGUUCAUAUGGGAUUUGGAAAGGGACUAGGAACAUUAUUAGGAGGACUGGUUUAUGAUCGGUUUGGAAGUCGUAAUUUAUUCCGUGCCUCAGCUUUCGUAGUUGGUCUGUCUGGAUUACUGUAUCUAGGUUUAUACCAUGUCUUCACUAAGAGGUACCCACCUAUACUCUACAGUAGAUUCAGAACAGAUGAAAGGAGUAGCAGGGCCGACAGCCAGAGAGAAAGCAGCUCAGAAGGAAGGGUAAACCAAGCUAUUGAGAUGGAGACAGCUGAGCUUGAACAGCUAGACGAUCGCCCACCUAAACUAGAUGCUAGCUCAAUGCGUCUUGCCCUUCGAGAUAUCAACCGCCCUGCUUCGCCCCCUAACACACCCAGUACAAGUCGGGAGUGUGUGGGAUACCAACACAUUAUGGAGAUGCACCCUCAUCCCACCGCAUACCACCACCACCACCACCAGCCACCACCCCCUCUACCACCCCCAUCACGCUCCUCAAGAGAGAUGAUGAUACAUAUGCCUUGUGGUUAUUAUCAUAAGAGAAGAAUGGAUUCAUUAGAAGAUGAUGAUGGUGAUGUAUCUCCAGGAUCAACUAGCCUAGCUGCUUUGAUCCAUAGUGAACAAGGUAGAGAGUAUGGAAUGGAAAGGAUGAUGUUACAGAAUCUUGGUGUUAAUAUGAUGUCAUACCUCGAUGAUGUAGAUUUAGAUCAAGCUAUGGAUGCUGUAUGAUCAUUAUUAAAGUUGGAAUGCUCCCCAGGGAGUGGAGAAAGUAAAGGCAUUUUUGCAGAUAAACCAAGAUUCGAUGAGCGGGGGUAUAUGUUAUCUUGUCGGAUUGAGAAUAUCAACUUGUAUCUGAAAAAUACAAGUGUGUAAAAUACAAGCAUACAUGCACACAUUCAGACAAAGAUUUUUCUUAAAUGCUAUUUGCUCUUGGUCUCAUUGAAUGUAAAUGGAUGAUCAACGAUCAUGGACUAUAUGUACAACAUGAAAAAAAAUAGAAUGUAAAUAUUAAUCCAACAUGACACUUUGGAAAAUUAGCCUGCAUUCACCACACAGGAUUUUUUUAUGAAAUAUUACUUUCAAGCCGUAAGUAGGCCUUAAUAUAUUUUAAUUGCUUUUAUUAUUGAUAUUGAUUGCAUUAUUUUUUUAAUGAUUGAAUUGAGCUUAUGGAAAUUAAAUUUCGGAAUCUUGGAAAUCAGAUAAGGGUAAAUUAUACCACAAUAACACCAACGAAAUCGAUUUCACACCGACAAACUUAAUAUUUUUACCAUUGACAUGUCAUCGAUCGAUCGAUGUUAAAAGCAUCAUGUAUUUUGAAUCAAUAUUAUUGGAACGUUGUAUUUGUCAUAAAUGGUGCUCUGCUAUAUCCCUAGUGUAAAAAAUACUAUGUGACAUUUUGUCAAGUUUCCCUCCGUGAUACCAGGAACGAAUUUCAGUCUAUUUCAGGGGCCGCGGAACGGUAUUCAAAGUGGGGGCUGACCAUGCGUAAAAUCACAAACAUAAUUAUGGUCAUUUUUACGUUUUUGUACACGAUUUUGAUAAAAAGGUUGGAGCUGAAGCCCCUCACCCCGCUUCCGCGGCCCCUGUAUUUGUGCUAGGGAUAAUAAGGUUUAUUGGUUAUGUUUUGCUGUCACAUCAGUUAGCACACCUGUCCUUUUUAAACAAUAGAGGGAGCAAUUGAGAGAUAGUUUUCUUUCUGCAUCGGUACAAUGAAGAAAGGUGCAACAAUCUUGAAAACAAAAUGUAUUUGUUUAAGAUGCAGGCAUUCACAGACUAUGAGCCUGGAAAUAAUGCUUUCAAAGGCAUAUAUUUGAUUGGAAUUUUCCCUUUCAACAUGUUAAAUAUACUUCCCAAAGUUGUUUAUAUGCUGAUAUUUUAAGACGCACUGGCUGAAUAUAUGUAAUAUAUUUGAUUUGUACCUUUUUAAAGGUAUAAUGUGGUAUAUAUUUUUUUCAUUCUUCGCUCAUCCCCUCCUAUAUUUCACAUUGUUCACUUUUCCUCUUAUUCUUUACCCCUUGAUUUUGUGCUAAUGUUUGGCUUUUCCUUUGUAGUAUAAUUAUUCUUUAGUGUCCGAUCUCCUUACGAACUUCAUAAUUACUUUAAGGAACCUGCAGACACUACAAGCUCUGCUUUUCAUGCAGGUUCCUUCAUAUUUCACUUUAUUUACUGCCAUUAUCUUUGUAUUUUUCUAUGUA